AUGGUUGGGAGCAGUAGCGAUGUGGAUGAUAUUGAGAGGCAGAAGACGAGGGAAGAGCCACAACAACCCGAGAAGCAAGAGAAAGAUCCAAACUUGGUGGAAUGGGACGGGCCAGACGAUCCGGAAAAUCCCAUGAACUGGUCAACGAAGUACAAAUGGAUGAUUACAAUUCUUAUGGGUAUGGUGACUUUCACCAUCACCUUCGCAUCCAGCGUCUUCAGUACCGCGACAAUGGUGGCCGCCCAAAAGUUCAAUGUUUCCACCGAGGUCAUGACUCUCGGAACGAGUCUUUUCGUUUUGGGCUUUGCAUUCGGUCCAAUAAUCUGGGGACCUUUCAGUGAGCUUUACGGAAGAAAGUAUCCCCUAUUCGCGGGAUUCUUCAUCUUUGCCAUCUUCCAGAUCCCGGUCGCCGUCGCCCAAAACGUCCAGACGAUUAUGUUGUGCCGAUUUUUUGGCGGCUUCUUUGGCUGCGCGCCGCUUGCCAUUGUCGGUGGCGCAUUGGCCGAUUUCUGGAAUCCCGUUGACCGCGGUAUUGCAGUGUGCGUCUUCGCUGGCGCUACAUUUAUAGGCCCAGUUGCGGGACCCAUAGCCGGCGGUUUUAUUACCAUGAGUCAUCUAGGAUGGCGGUGGACUGCGUAUAUUACAGCCAUCCUGGGAUUCGGAAUCGGCGCCAUUGGAUUCCUCUUCAUUCCGGAAACGUUUGCGCCCGUUUUGCUGCAACGCCGGGCCAGGAAGCUCCGCUUUGAGACGGGAAACUGGGCUCUGCACUCGAAGAAGGACGAGACUCCGGUAGACAUGAGGAGCAUCGUACGCAAGUAUCUUCUGCGGCCGUUCAUCAUGAUAUUCCUGGAGCCUAUCCUUCUCCUUAUCACACUUUACAUGUCGGUUGUUUACGGGGUGCUUUAUUUGUUUUUCGAAGCAUACCCAAUCGCAUUCCAAGAGCAACGAGGCUGGAACGAAGGCGUGGGCGCUCUACCCUUCAUCAGCAUCACGAUCGGUGUGGUAAUCGGGGCGCUGAUCAUCACCUACACGUCCAAGACGCGGUUCAAGCGUAAGAUGGAGAAGCACGGGAAGGUGAUACCGGAAGAGCGGCUGAUUCCGAUGAUCAUCGGAGGGUUCCUGUUCCCGGCAGGCAUGUUCUGGUUCGCGUGGACGAGCAGCCCGCACAUCACGUGGGUGCCGCAAGUCAUCGCGGGCAUCCCGAUCGGCGCGGGCAUCAUGAUGAUCUUCUUGCAGGGCCUGAAUUACAUCAUCGACGUGUACCUGAUGAACGCCAACAGCGCCAUUGCCGCAAACACGUUCCUGCGCAGCUGGGCCGGCGCGGGGUUCCCGCUUUUCGCCGUGGCCAUGUAUCACACGCUCGGCGUCGCGUGGGCAACCAGCUUGCUGGCUUUCAUCAACGUCGCAAUGUUCCCCGUCCCCAUUCUGUUUUACUUUUACGGCGCUCGGAUCCGGAAACUGAGCAAGUACAGCCCUCAACUCUAA